AUGGAUGCCGAUAUAUGUAAAAGGUUCAAGAACGUAAGGGAAUGGCUUCCCGACAAAUUGGCCAGCAACGGAGAGUAUCAAAUUAAUGAUAAACAAUAUAUUAAUGAAUAUUGUACUAGUGGGUGUGAUAGUUCUCUCGAUCAAAUUAGUGCUGGAUGUUUAUAUUUGCUUAAUGAAUUCUUUAAGGAUGAUUCGGCGUUUGAGCUUGUUGCAAAAGAAGAGAUCUAUAUUGUUGAAUACAUUUUGAUAUGGUUAAGUUAUAUGUUAAACCUUAUCAAAACUCAAGAAAAAGACAAUAUAGAGCCUUUUUAUAAUACAUACAUAAAGGAUAGUGGUAAGUAUACCAAUAAUAUGAAUUAUAUUGGUCAUUAUAAAGGUUAUAAGGAUCUUAUAGAUGAACAUAAUUAUUUUUUAAGUACGGAUAUGAGCAUUAUACCUAAAUUAUAUGAUGCAUUUAAUACAUUAUGUGACAUAUAUAAUGAGCUUGAUACAAACAACUUAAAUUGCGAGGAAUUUUCGGAAAAGGCUAGUCAAUUUGUUCAAAAAUAUGAAGAAUUUACCAAAGAACAUGACAUUGCUGAAGAUAAACCCUAUUUUCAUGUAUUGCUUACUUUAUUAGAGGGUUAUGAUAAAUUAAAAAAAGAAUGUAAAAAUUUCCCAUCCACUCCAGAUAUAACAAAAAUAAUUUCUGGAGAUGUUUCUGAAGUUACAUCAAGUUCAUCGAUAGCAAACAAAUUAAUUCCAAUUUUAUCGAUAUUAGUUGCAAUAGCAAUUUUUUUAGGAAUUUCUUAUAAGUAUUCGUUAUUUGGAUUUCGGAAACGAUUUCAAAAACAAAAAUUAAGAGAAAAGCUAAAAAAUAUAAAGAAGAAAAUGAAUCGUUCAUAUAUGAUUCAAAGAGAGUGA